CCGCGGCCCUCAACCCGUCAGAUGCGCGUGCGAUCAGCCCAAGACUGAACGCGCCGCUUAAUUUUAUUUUUACUUUAUUUAGCUUUAACUUAGUUUUAACGUAACAUAGUGUCGUAAUUAGUGUAACAAGCAAUUAAUGGGAAUAACUAUUUAAAGAAUAAAAAACAGAAAAUAUGCCACGAUUCAAGACAAUACUGGUGACUGGUGGUGCUGGCUACAUCGGCAGCCACUGCGUGGUGGACCUCCUCAAUGCCGGCCAUGAUGUCGUGGCCAUCGACAAUUUCGCAAACGCGGUAGGCGAUGACGACGGAUCACCGGCUUUGCAGAGGGCAGAAGAAAUCACCGGCAAGAAGAUCAGCUUUUAUAAGGCUGAUUUGUUGGAUAAGCCACAAAUAAAUGAUAUAUUUGAUAAGCACCCAAUAGACUGCGUGAUCCACUUCGCAGCGCUGAAAGCCGUGGGAGAGUCCAUGCAACAACCUCUGCUGUACUACCAGAACAAUUUACUUGGCAUGCUCAACUUAUUGGAGAUAAUGCGAUCACACAACUGCUACCAAAUGGUGUUUUCUUCAUCGUGCACGGUGUAUGGCGAGCCAGAAUACCUGCCCAUCACAGAGUCUCACCCUACUGGCAGCAUCACCAAUGUAUAUGGAAGAACCAAGUAUUUUAUUGAGGAGAUGCUCAAAGACCUUAGUGCUGCUGAUGAGAAAUGGAACAUAAUAUCUCUCCGCUACUUCAACCCAGUAGGCGCUCACCCCUCAGGUCUGAUCGGCGAGGAUCCGACCAAGGAGUUCACAAACCUUAUGCCGUUCAUGGCACAAGUGGCCCUUGGGAAGAAACCGGUGCUCACAGUCUUCGGAAACGAUUAUAACACUCCUGAUGGAACAGGUAUUCGGGAUUACAUUCACGUGAUGGAUCUCGCGAGUGGUCACGUCGCAGCUCUGAACUUACUAAGCAGCAGUCAUAUUAGGCUUAAGGUAUACAACUUGGGCACCGGCAGAGGAGUAUCAGUUAAAGAACUAGUGGAGGUUUUCGAAAAGGUAACCAACACCAAGAUUCCUCUGAAGUACGUGGCCAGAAGACUGGGAGACAUCACAGCCAUGUGGGCGGACGCCACGCUCGCUAGGGAGGAGCUGGGCUGGUCCACUAAGCUGACUAUUGAGGAGAUGUGCACUGACUUCUGGCGAUGGCAAACAAUGAACCCUGACGGCUACCCGAAGAAGUGCAAGAAGACCAGCGUCAUCGUCAACGUGAACGGCAACAGUUAACGUGCAUUUUGUACUGAUCCAUAUUAUUUAUAGCGCUUUAUUAAAUAAGUAUACCUACUAUUUA